AUGGCGGACGGUUUGCCUUCGUUGAUUGCCAAUGGUAGUAACGCCUUAUUUCUAGGUAAUGUCACAAUCUGUUACUUUACUUCUACGGUUGUUAAAUGAUAUUGUGAUUUCACGUAAUUUUACCCUCAUUGUGCUUCGUUGCAAUGUUUCAAACGAAUUCCAUUCAAAUUUGAUUCACCCGCGGGCUAGAAACCAGCCAUCGAAGAUGUGGAGUGAAGGUUAUUAACCUGUAACUUGGAGCUCCUAUAUCAGGCUCAGAAUUUAACCCUUUAUUGUUUGAUUCUUCCAAGUAGAAUUAUUGAUAACAGAAACACUAGAAAUUUCGAGAAUUUUGGCUUUAAAGGUCUUAAAAAGUUGAGUUUUGUUUUUGCGAAAACCUUCUCCGAAGUCGAAGAAGACAGCUGAUCUUCAUUGCUUUGUUCACAUUAUUUGUAAUACCGAGGGGAAGUGAGCAACACGCGGAUGAGUGCAAUUAUCGAUGCUUCAAAUUUUGAUAUUUGCACGUGCUGUUGGCAUUGGAAUUAAACUUGGAAUAAUACUGAUUUUUCUACUCAAACGUUAUUUAAGAUAGCGUAAUUUCUUAACUUUUGUGAUCAGCUGUAGACUGGAGAAAGGUUUUCUUCUGUGUUACUUUCGUAUCUUUAGAAGAUCAAGAGUUCUUUCGAUUUUGCUUGGACUUUAUUUGAUUGAAAACAUUAUUUUUAAAAGGGGUCAGGAGAUUUUAGAUUUAUAUUUCUCUUGGUCAAAUUUCAUGCUUGAUAGGGAUGGUCAAGAUUUUGUAAAGGAAAUGUGUGCAGAAAUGAUGGAUGUUAGUCGAGAUGAAGCCAAGCGGAUUCUCAGGAGGCUUGGUAAGCUGAAUUUGUAUUUUUGGAUGUUACCUUAUAUCUUUCCUGCACAUGUGUAUGAUGCUUGACAAGUCAGACUAUACUGAAACGACUUGAAUACUUAUUUUCAGAGCUAGAGGCAUAUUCAUCCAUUAUCAGUGCUUUCAGGGCCCAGGGAGAGUUAAGUCGGUGAGUGUGGAAGUUAUGUUUUAGCAAUAAAUAGUUGUAAUGUCAAAAAUUGUGGAGUCAGGAUUCAGAGAUCUUUUUGGGGAAAUGCUGAAACUGUGAAGCCACUAGGUCAUAAACCUUUUAGAUUUGAAUUAAAUCAAUCAUAUACUAUGUCUGCCAUGCAUUUCUAAUUUUUUCAGCUUUGAGAAUUUGGUGUGAGUUAAACAAUGGCUCCUUUUUUAUCUUUUGGGUCUCUUCUUCUGACAAUUCUGCUUAGUAAUGUAAUGGUAUUGUUAGAAGAGAUUUCUGAUUGGUAUUGUUGAGAGUGAAAGAGUUUGACUGCUAUGAAUAACUUACCUUGAACAAUAGAGUAGCCUUCCAUUCAUUCCAUCCUUAAUUUCAAUAUACCAAAUUACCUUAAAAUAAGCUGUUAUUUUUUUUAAUGUCUUUUAAAUAUAGUCUACACCUUUGCUUUUUUCUCCAUAUUGAAAUCCAUCAUUGACUGAAUAUUAACAGGGCUAAAAAGAAGAUCUUGCAAGAUCUUGGAACUCAGCUGAGGUAAUGGUUUGAAAAGCUAUAUUGCAAUUUUCUCUACAUUUCUUACAUAUAGUUAACCACUGCAAAGUUAAUUGUAUUGUUUAAAACUUAUGUGAAGAUCUUUUUUUUUCCAACAGUAUUUCAACUGAGCGUCACAGGGCUGAAGUCCGAAGAGCCUACAGUGAUGAUAGACUUGGCAUUGUGGCUGAGAGGUACAGAAAUAAUUAAGCACAUUGUAUCAAAAUAAGUAAUUCUGUCAUGAGUUGCUAUCCUUACAGGUAGGACAAAUAGGCAGAUAGUUCACAAAAAUAAGUUUUUUUAGGGUAAGACACUCGACUCUUUCAGUGAAUCUCUUCACCCUGGAGUAUAAAGGGAUGUUGGUAAACUGUUAGCAAAACCUGACAAAUUGCAGACGGUAUUCUGCAAUGGAUAACAUCUUGUUGAAGAGGAGAAACAAUACUCUUAAUCACUCAUGGCCAAAUUCUAGCAGUGACAGACUAUUAGUCUGUCAUCCUUAUCGUUGUCUGAUCUGUUACAGAAUCAAGUUCCUUUCACAAUUUUUAAUAGAUGUCCAACACCUGCUGUUUUAAACACAAUCUAGACACUUUUCUCUCUUAUACUGUUCUAGUAUUUAUGGUGCAGGCAGCUGUGCAGAAUGGGCAGCAGAGGGGAGAAGGCUUGUACCACUCAUGCCACGCCUUGUUCCACAAACAGUGUUCAGCUCCUCAGCAACUGCUGCUGCAAAUUCUGCAGCUGCAGCAAAUGCUAAACUUCCUGUUUCAUCAGGUAAUGUAGGGGGUUAAUCCACUCUGAUUUUAAUCCAAGCACAGUCUACUAAAGUCAUCCAAAACAAAAUUUUUAGGAGAAACCCAAACAAUAAGAAUUUUAAUGUAUUUUGUCAUUCCCAGAAUAUUCUUGAUUUCUAUCUAACCUAAAUCAUUGUCAUGGCUUUAGCCUGGUCAGUUACAAUCAAUGACAAAAUUGUGAAAACAUUGCCAUCUGGAACCAAUAAUCUCAAAUGAAAAAGGAAACUGAUUCUAUUAUCAAUUACUCUAUGUCCUCCUCUUCUGAUCACUGUUGUUCGUAAAUUAUUUCUUGCUACUUUACUCAGGGAAGAGAGCUUAAAUUCAGAUUUAUUCAGUUGUAAAUACAAUGUUUGCACAUAUAUUGGGUAUCAAAUAACUUUUAUUGCCAUAUCAGGUUCAGAUUCUGAUGAUCUGCUUUACUGAAUUCAUUGAGUUGUAUGGUUUUCAUUUUUCUGUUUUAGCUAAUAAAGCUGGUAGUAGUUCAAGUGCAUCUGUUAACACAUCAUCUUCACUGACAAGCCAGCAAAAUAGUAAGACCACGGCAGCCGUAAAACAACCUCAGACAGGUAUCCAAGAUCUGCUGUACAAUUCCUAUCCAAGAUCUGAUUGUUAAUUUUUGCCUUACAUAUUUCCUUGUAAAUUAUUUAUCAGAAUUUGGUGUUACUCAUCAAUAUAACAACUUCUACCUGAUUAAUUUGAGUAUUCUCAUUACCUGUUUACUAAAUAAGGUAUGUAUAUUAUUGGGAGAAGUUGCAUGUUCAUCACUUCCAGGAGUUUAAGGGUUAAGAGAUUUGGGAGAUAUGUUAGGAUAUAUACUCUAGCUGAUAGGUACAUCUAUAGCCGUUCCCAUGACCUGUUUGCCAGAUGAUGUCAUGAUAUUCUGAUACAUGCCCAGAUUCUAAUCACCUCUGGAAGUAUUGUUGGUGGAUGUAGAGAUGCCAACUGAUUGUUUUUCAAAUUUAUUGUAUUUAUUUCAUUCCAUAGGUGGAACUUCAUGGAUGUGGCGGAGGCCACUAGACUGUUUUUAAAAUUAAUCAUUUUAUUUUGUUCUAUAGGUGGAACUCCAUCAAAUGAUACUGAUGCUUAUGAUGAUGAUGAUGGAAAGCCAAAGAGAAAAAGACGUUUAAGUGUGACGAGCCUCAACAAGCCAGUUACAAAAGUGACCAUCCCCACCCCCUCCCUGGUGUCAAAAGCUUUCACCAAACAGACCACAUCAGUGAGCACUAUGACUAAGUCUGGUAAAUCUCUUGGUCCAGCAGGGACAAUCAAAGCUGUCCCACGUACCACAAAUCUUCCUACAUCAGCAGCACAAGUAAAACUACUCACCAAGACAGUGGCAGUAUCCCAAACCAAGACAAUCCUGAGCUAUAAGGCAAUGACAUCGACAACAUCAUCACCUGCAAAAGUCCAAACAGCUGUGACACAGUCAUCACCAAAGACUCAAACAAAAACUGCAUCUGGAGUGCCUCCCAAGACAGUGCUUACUUCAAAAGCUCCAUUGUCCACUGCAGUGAAGAAUGUCUCAACAGGAGCUUCAAGUCCAGUAGCCACUGCAAGUCCUGCUGGACUGACACUCAAAACUGGUUUGACAGCAGCUCAGUUAGCGGCAAGACACAAAGUGAAACCUGCAGCUGCCAGAUUCAAACCUCUUCCAGGAACUGUGAAGUUCAAGUCAGUCACACCAGCCACUAUGGGAACCUGUUCCACAGUUACUAUGGUAACACCCAGUCCUAGUUCUCAAGCCUCCUCUACCUUACCUGUGUCAAACACACAGCCAGUUGUCCGUGUCAUUCAUGUUCCAGGAACUGGAGGUGUUGGUGGGAGUAAACCUGUUGUUGUCAUGACAACAGGUCUCAGUAAAACAACUGUCGCUGGUGUGGUUCCUGGAAGCAGUAGUCCUUCUAGUCUUGCAAAGUCAACUUCUCAGGUAAGUAAAAGAUAGUCUUAUUUACAAUUUUUUCUCACCAGCCCAACAUUUACAAUAACAAGCAUUUCAACAAACAAGGAAGGAUCAUCUUCAAAGCAGUAACAACUCAUGAUCUUCAAAGCAGUGACAACACACGAUAAUAGCUGCAGCUAAAUGAAUAUGAGAUCAUUUGUGUGGUACUCACUCAUACAAUGUACACCUGUGAGCAUCCACACUGGUAAGAUUUUCCUCCAGACCUGCUUCCUUGUCAGUCAUACAUGAUUUCUUUUUUCCUGUUUUGAGGUUCUACUGUAUGAAUUUAACCCAGAUUAUAAUUUGAAUUUGUAUUAAAUGAUAAUUUUGCUCUUUGAUGGGAGACAGUAGGGCCCUCAUGUAGUUUGCCUGCUGGAUGGGUUGAAAGGUUGAAAGUUCUGGGUGCAAGCCUUGGCUGGGUGGCAGUGUUGUGCUCUUGGGUAGGAUACUUUACUCUCACCAUGGCUCUCUGGACCAAAGGUUAAAUUAAAUUUAUACCAAGGGAACUCCCAGGAGACCUCACAAAAUGCUGGGAGUAUAACUUGGAAUGGAAGAGUAUUUCAUACAAGUGGAAUAUUAAUACUCUUAGUGGUUUCACCCCAUGGAAAAUGGCUAUAGCAGCCAUGUUAGUCUAACCAAUAUGCGAUAUAAUGUACAUUUUUUAUGUAUGCUGUAUUAAUAGGUGGUAACUCAAAGCACCUCAGUGAACAAAGCAGUAGUCACAACUGCUGGCACAGUCACAUCCCAAGCUCCAUCAAAAACUCAAGUGUCUAGCGCUGUUACUCAGUCAGUUUCAUCAGCAUCCAAAACAGUUGUUAUGACAACCUUAGUAGGUGGUGCAAAGAGAGUGGUUCUCUCUGUGCCAGCCCCUUUACAACCUGGUUCCAAUAUCGUUCCAUCCACAUCCUCUCAGGGGCUAGUGAUAACCAAGACACAAGGUAAGUAUAAUUGUUUUAGUCACUCAGCUGUGCCCCCUCUAGAGGGAUUGUUUCAGCCUCCUUAGACUAAGCAUUGAAUCAUGUAGCCUUCUGUAAUAGAUAUAUGUAAUUAAUGGUUGGUAAGUGUGGUUUUUUCUGUUAUUCAUUGCCUUCUCUGAUAUUUUAUUAGGGAUCCCUCUGACUUCCUCAUCAGCCUCUCACUCUCAACCUGUUUCCAAGAAAGAUGCCAAAACAUCACCAGCAUUAGCCACUGUCUGUCCUAAAUCAUCUCCAACACAGAUCGCACCCAGUCUGACAACUGCAACUGUCACUACACAGGUGAGAUCAAGACCCCUCCCUACUAUUCUUCCUGCUCCUCCAAAACCAUCAACUGUGGCAUCAACUGCUGUUUCCAAUUCGGGCAACAUUAGGAAGCUUCCAACUAUCUUACCAGCACCAGUUAAGAAUGUUCCAGCUGUUAUUCCAACUGUUCUGGUUCCUGUGGCUACUGGAGUAACUGCUCACGCUGCAUCGCAGCUGCAGUCUUCAGUGCCAAUAGCUGUAAAUACAGCUGUCUCUCAGGGUGUAGCAGCUUCAGUUUUGCCUCCUGACAAAGAAGGGGAGCAGCCCUCCCCUGGAGUACCAGAAAGACAAGAUUGUGGUCUUGAUUCUACAGAUCAGAGUAAUGCAACCAUUGAAUCGCAAUGUUCAGACAUAAUGGAAAACUCUAAGACACAUGUUGCAGUGAGCUCCAAAUUGGCAGUGACAAAUGAACAAAACGUUGUGACUGAAUGUGAUAACAAUACGUCAUCGGAGGAUGAUUCUCUUCUAAUCUGUUCUGAAACAAUUGACAAUGCAGGCUGCAACAUACCUGAGGUACCAUCAGCUGCGGAGUUUUUCAAAAAUAUUGCUGAAAGCACACCUGUUAAAAAUCCAGCAGAUAAUGGUGCUGAGGAAAUGCCACAAACUGUGGAAGACUGCCAAGAAGCAGCUGUAGAUCCAGUAUCUUUACAAGAUGGUGGAGUCUCUCUCCUGGAUAUAGAUGGAUCAAAUGUGCAGAAAGUACCAACUAAAGACAUAGAGACAGCAGGAAAUUACGCUAAGAAAUCCAUGGAAAAUGUUACUGUUCAAAGAUUGGAUGAUUCUAGUGGAAUAUCUGAUUUAGUAAAAGAUUGUUUACCUGGAAAUAUAUAUUCAGAGUCUUCACAAGUGGAUAAUGAGGAUAAGAAUGCUUUUAAAUUUGACUUGGAGUCCGAUGUUCAGUCAUCACUUCAAGGUGUUCAGGAAGAUGAUCAGAAUGUGACUGGGACAUCUGCAGAGGAUGGGCCUCCUGUGGAAAAUGCCCUUCAAAUAAUUGCAAGCUUUGUGGAAAGCAUGGAAGGAAGUUCAUUUGAAAAACAUGAAGAAGUAAAACAUACAACAACAAAUGAUCAUCAGCUUGAUGAUUCAUCAGGAUUUUUAAGUGAAUUACCAUCCUCUAGUCAGGAAACCCCCAUUCUUGUUCCCAGUGCAUUUACAUUGGAGGAAAAAACAAAAGACGCAACUGAACCAUCACCUACUGUGUCACACUCUGGAAAGAUCAUUGAUGAAGGACAAAGCCUGAGUGUUUUGUCACAAUCUGAAGAUGAUAGUUGGGAUGUUUCUGACGCACCCAUUGAUGUUUUGUCAACAUCCACAAGUAGUUCUAACAGUAUCCCUGAAAGCACAUUGGAGCUUACAGAGAAGGAAAUGAAAGCUCUCGAGGCUUUUGGUAGUGUUAGAACCAGUGGAAGGAAGAGAAAACCUCCUUCAUCCCUUGAUGUGUCACCACCAAGACAAAUUAGUGGCUGGGUGCGUGGUGCUCUCAGGUUUGUUAAUUUUUUCAGGUGGAUCUGUUAGUCACAUAGACUAUAAAUAAUCGUAUGUUCAAGGGAGUUCCAUGAUGAUUUGAUAAUCUACAAAGUAGGAUAAAGAAGCAUGUUACGGUAAUGUUUUAAAAUCUCAUUUGCAAUCCAUCAUCUGCUACCUCAAUUUUCUCUGUUAACUACUUCCUAGCUCAUUUGCAUUUCCUUAGCUUCUCCUUUUAGCUCAUUUGCAUUUCUUUAGCUUCUCCUUUCCUUCUGAAGACAAUUUUAAAAGCAAAAAUGACCCAAAGUAAAUGAUGAAAGAGCUCCCUUAAACAUUAUCUUAAGUGGGGAUUUCCAAAAAAGAUGGUUACUGGCAGUCUACCAGUGCCUAUGAGACCUCUUACAGGUACCACCAUCUAUUUAGCCGGCAAGCAGGCUCUUGUAUUUUGGUUUUGCUGUAUGGCUCCUUUGCCAAGUACAGCUGCCUGCUACACCAUUGGCAGCUGCUUAUGGAAAAAGUUACUAAAACCCUUAUUUGAGCAAUUCAUCUAUAAAAAUGAUUUAUUCUAACAAUUUUUUACUCUAUCAUGAUCUUGUGAUAUUGGUCAAAUUUUGUCAUCCAAGGUGCUUUCAGAGUCAUCACUGUUUUUGAGAUGGUUUUGUGCAUGAUGAAUUAGCCAUUGGUCAUAUUGUAGUUAUUGAGUGUUUCAUUAGAUAUUGACUGAUCCUGAUAAAGCUAUGGUGACAUUUCCUCAGCCUCCUGCAGAAAGUUGCCAGCUAUCGUGGCCAAGGAAGACGGAAAGGUGAUUUCAGUGCUGCCACUUGGUUCCUCAAACCAGGUAAAGUAGACUGACAACAAGUAAUAAAUUAACUAGGCUAAAAAAGAGAUCCCAAAUGAAUUUUUUGUUCUUUGCAAAACUCACAUGCAAAUGAUGAAGGAAUACACUUUUGGACAGGGCCAAGCUUGGAUGGGUUAUGGAAACUUGUGAUGUAAUGAAUUUUUAGUUGCAUCCUUCGUACAGUGAAUUGUAUUUGUCUUCUUAAAUGUUUUUUCUCAUCAGCUUGCUUCUGUUCAUCCUUCAGCUUUGUUAAUCAUAUAAUGAUAAGAACUAUUAAUGUUUAUAUAAUGAUUGAAAUUGAUAUGUUUUCCUAUGGUAUUAUUAUCAGCAUCUGAAUGCCUUUUUGUCAUACAUCCCUCUUAUGAAUCAAGCUACUGUACAUUGUGACUUAGCUGUGUUGUUGAUGUUGAUGUUGUUGUUGUUGUUAUUUUUUUAGUGGACCCAGUUGAUGCACCUGGCUACUACAAAGUAAUAAAAACUCCCAUGGAUUUUGGAACGGUUAGAGUGAAACUAGAGGUUAGUACCAUUACCUGCUGUCUGUUGCAAGACUUUUUUUGCAUGAUUAUAUCUUAUUGGCUCAUGACAGAUAUUAUUUCUGUCAAAACUUCUGCUGCCAUUCUGAAAAUGGUCAAAUAUUUGAAUAUAAAAUGUUUAUACACAUUUUUUCAUCAGAAGACAACAGUUUAAAUAAAUGUUAUGUUUAAUUUCAUACUUAAGUGGUAAGUAAAUGGUUUAAACCACCCCCCGCUGGGCACAGACGAUGGUCAAAUGCCUGUGGGUUGCUUAGAGGGGGGGGGGGGAAGGAUGUUGAAGCUUUGAAUUGAUUACUGAUGGUAUAAUAAUAUAUGGUUGUGUUUUUUUAGUCUGGGAAAUACCAGGAGUACAGUGAAUUUCAUUCUGAUAUGCUGCUGGUGAAGUCAAACUGUUUAAAAUACAACCCUCCUGGCCAUCAUGUCCGACAGGUCAGUUGAUUUCUGUCUUAUUUCAGGCAAAGGGAGGACUUUUUCCAUGAUUACAUAGACUUAUCUAAACUUGGAAGGAAGGGAGAACUCAGGACAUUUAUGCAAACUGGUAACAGUUACUGUGUCAGGUUUGCAGAAAUUGCAAGAAUUCUCUCGACUAUCGUAGUGAUUCAUUGAUUAGAGGUCAUGUAAACAUGGAAGAAACCCUCUAUUCUAUUAGUGUUUCUGGAAUACCUCUUAAAAAUAUGUCCAAAUCUAAAUUGUUACAGCCUUGUUAACAUGCUAAGUGAUGCAGUUUUUCAAACAUAAUGCAAAAAUUGUAAUCUAUUCUAAGUUACUUAUAAAUUCUCUUUGCAGGACUGUGAGGAAGUGUUCAGGUUUUAUGAAGCAGAGUAUGCAAAAAUGUUAGAGAGAUGGGAAAAGGUAACAGUUAUGUGAAAUGUUUUAUGCAUAUUUGUUCAAUGUAGAGUAACUCUAUACAUGUUAAUGUUGAAUUGAGCAUAUUACGAAAGGGGUUGUCUUUGGAUUGGCAUUCUGAAUGUAGGAAACAUUUUUUUUCCUGUCAUGCACUGUCAAGUUGCUGAGGUUACAAUGAACAAUUCUGUGGGUAUGCAGACAUCUCUAGUAUUCAACAUACGAAUUGUGCCUGUUAAUUAAGAAUGAAAUACAAAAUUUGUAAUUAUAUCCCUUUUUGUAUUUAAUUUUCAGUCCCAUUUUAGUUAAUCAAUAAACACCAUUCUGAACUGGGGAAUUCAUUUUAUUUUCAGUGUCAUGUAUCUCCUGCUAAAAAACCAAGACAAGCAUCAAAGACAGAAUUACCUGGCAGCAUGUAAAAGAUGAAUUGAUUAUUUUCCUCAAAUCAUCAAAUGUUGUCAUAAAAAACUCAUGGAAGUUCCUGAAUUGUUCAUUUUACAAAGUCUAGCAGCAAAUUGUUGUAUAUAAAAUGUAAUUUUAAGACAUACUUAACUCUUUGUAUAAAAUACUUUUUAUGCCUUGUCUGGUUUAAGAUGUACAUUUGUUUAGUUUUCUGGUGGACAUGAUGCAUUUAAAGGUUAUGUUAUAUGGCUGUUAACUGAUAAUAAAAAAGAGUAUUCAGACAAAGGACUACCCAGUGUUGUCCAUUCAGCCAGAAGUAGUAGUAUUUGUCAUUAUGAUUGUCAAUAAUGUGAUUGAUAUCAGUGUAAGAGGGUUUUUCCUACGAUGCCUCUCCAAUCGUGUAUAGUUUGCAUGUCAGUGAAAUGUACAGAAAUGCACCUUUUUAAAUACUUCAGAUUGUUGGUCUGCCCAAUGUUUGCCAUUUGUUAAGGCAAGGAAGUCUUCUUACCCAUGACAAAAUUGGAGUGGCAUUGAUAAACACAUGUAUUAUGAAAAAGAGAGUAAUUCAUAGCCCAUAACAAGUGCCUAGUGAAGGUUUUAAAGGAGGUUCUUUUAAAAUUUUCUUUCAGUAUCAGCAGAGAUUUUUAACUGAAUAUUGAUGCUAUAGCAUGUAAUCUUACCUAGUUACACUGAGAAAGCAAGUGAAACAGUCUUCUGAGUAUUUUCAGGAUGUUGUUUGUGCAAAUUUCUUGAAAUAUGCUCACUUAUCGUAAGUUUCCUAAAUUUUGUACAUAAUUUGCUGACUUAUGACUUGAGGGGUUAGAUGUGGGAAAUCUUAUGAAAUAAAUACAGAAUUCUGUUUUGCACUGUUUAACCAGC